AUGCUUCAGAAUUUCACGACAAAGAAUCGUGGUCCUCAAAAGCGAAUCGCUGAACCGAAAGUGUACGAUAAUUUUUGCGAUCUGGAUGUUUGGAUUUUGAAACGCAAAGGCACAGUUGAAUGUGAUGGCGCUUGCUUCAAAUGGCAACAGAUUAUCGAUAACUCAGGCUCAUAUUCGUAUAUGACAAUGCGUUCGUGCUAUAAUGAGAUGUUCGAUAUGAAGGACCCUUUAACUGCACCUGAACCGGAUGAUUUUUACUGCUCAUCCAAGUCAUCCCCGUUGGACUGUAUACCAGAUGUGAAUCUUAUCGAUAAUAUAUGCUGGUGUCAAGGUGAUUAUUGCAAUGAAGCGGUCGCUAAGAAAUUGAGCAAUGGCUUCUUCUUAUCCAUAUUAAUCACCGUGUUUUUGUUUGAACUUAGCUGA